GAUCGUGAGCAUAUUGUCAAAUAAUUAAUGAACAUGUAAUGAACUGACAGCAUAAGUCAUAUUCAUGUUGAACUUGCUAAUUUUUUUGACUGCGCCAUUAUGUAUAACUUCUUAUGAUACUAAAGAAGAGUUUUUCAACUUGAGAGAGCAUAACUACUGUGACCUAAGGUGUUAUGAAACCAAAACUAAAUUUAAAGUAAAUGUAGCUUGCGGAUGUGAAAAAGUCACACCACGACUUGGCCUAAAAGUUCUUAAUUCAACUUUCGGGUUCCGUGAAGCAAUUCUAGACAAACUGAACCAGUUCAGAAAUAAAAUAGCUUCUGGUUCAACAGACAUGCCCGCCGGUGCAGAUAUGAUGGUGCUAAAUUAUGACGUAGGACUGGAAUAUUCCGCUGCAUGUAUUUUGAAAAGAGCUCAGUCGGCUGGUAUGGAUCUAUGUACCAGAAACAAAAACCACGAAGCAUUAGGUAACUUUCCUGUGAUGCUUAUGCCGGAGGAUAAAAGUUGGAUGAUAAACAAUAUUGCUGACGCUAUGGCUUUUCUCGACCAGAAGCUUGACGAUUGUCUCCAAACAUUAAACCCAGAACAAAUGGAUAAAACAGGCCAGGAUCCGUACCUGGAGAACGAGCUACAGUUUUGUUUCCAGUUAAUAUUCAGCAAACAUUUUAAAAUCGGGUGUGCAAGAUCCGUGGAACCUGGACAAAGUGUGGGUCGAAGGAUGCGUAUUUAUUGCCUUUUGGCAAGUUGGGAAGGAUCAGUGGCUGCUUAUCGCCCAGGCGUCCAGCUUUACAGUAAGGGUCCAGGGUGCAGUGAAUGUCCUUCGCCGUAUUUCUGGGAACUCGAUGAUCCCGAAUGUAACAAACAGUAUACAUCUUUAUGUGGCAAACUUGCGCCUGUUCCCACAUAUUAUUGGAAGGAUGCGCCACAGGCAGUUCCCGACCCAUGGGUUGUUUACCCCGAAAACUCUACAGCGACACAAAACGGAGUCUUCACGACCUUACCAGCCGUUUGCGGUUUACUUGUGCUUUUACAUCCUGGUAACCAAGUUUAA